AUGAACUUUCGCUCUUAUGUCGACACCAUACGAGAAGAUAAUGACUUGGUUGAAAUCGAGUCGGAAGUCGACCCGUAUCUAGAGGUUGGCGCCAUCAUCCGCAAAGUGUGCGAAACAGAUGACAAGGCGCCCCUUUUCAAAAGUCCCCUGGGCCUGCCGCCGUCAUGCGGGAUGAAAGCCAUUAUUGAUAAGUGGAAGGCCGAGGGGAAGGAUAUGCCCUGGGCACUAGCCAUGGGCGUGCCUCCUGCGGCCAUCAUGGCUGCCGGCAUGCCACUACCGGACGGUUGCAGUGAAGGUGAAUAUGUCGGGGCUAUGACCGGUCAUGCUAUUGAUGUCGUGAAAUGCGAGAAAAAUGAUCUGUUAGUCCCUGCGAACUCUGAGAUAGUGUUCGAGGGAACUAUCUCGUCUGAUCCUGACGACUGUGUAUUAGAAGGGCCGUUUGGAGAGAUGCAUGGAUACGUGUACCCUGGCUAG